GCGGCGUUGGGGCUGCUUUGCGGAAGUGCACUGGGGGGCGGCUGGCCGGUGGAAGAUGGCGGGGGUGGAGAGCAGCUCCCGGUACCCGGAGGGAUCGGCGCUUCAGGACCCGCUGUCCCGCUUCACCUGCCCCGUCUGCUUGGAGGUGUUUGAGAGCCCGGUGCGGGCCCCCUGCGGCCAUGUCUUUUGCACUCCAUGCCUGCAGGAAUGUCUGAAGCCUAUUGAACCAGUUUGUGGAGUCUGCCGCAGUACCCUGUCUCCUGGCAGUAGAGCUCUGGACCUGGAAAAGCAAAUUGAAAUGACAGAAACCACUUGUGAUGGCUGCAAUAAAAAAAUGUACCUCUCAAAGAUGCGUAGUCAUGCAGCUUCUUGUUCAAAAUACCAGAAUUAUAUAAUGGAAGGCGUUAAAGCUGUAACUAAAGACCCACCUCGUAACACCAGGAAUGUUCCAAAUCGUUUUACCUUUCCUUGUCCUUACUGCAGUGAGAAAAACUUUGAUCAGGAAGGACUAGUUGAACAUUGCAAAAAAUACCACAGCAUGGAUGCAAAACAAGUGGUUUGCCCAAUUUGUGCCUCGAUGCCAUGGGGAGAUCCAAAUUACAGGAGUGCUAACUUCAUGGAACAUCUUCAACGGCGACAUCAGUUUUCCUAUGAUACUUUUGUGGAUUAUGAUGCUGAUGAAGAUGACAUGAUGGCACAGGUUUUACUACGUUCCUUGAGGGAUCAGUGAACUAAGUGGGAGAUGAACUGUAUGAUACCAACCUUCCAUUAGGGGAAAAUACACAGCAUCCCUGACACCUGUCCCCUCUCAUCCCAAGAUGAUCCCACACAUCUGAAAAUAAAUAUGGAAGAUUUUUGAAGAAUUGCAGUUUCUUGGCUCCAGUACCUGAUCUCUCCAUACGUUACUAUGGGUCUUGUCUGUUAGUGGUCUCUCUGCUGCUGCUCAUCCACUUCAGGGUAGUUUUCUUGCUUCCUUCACUCCAAAGGCUUGACUACACUUGAAACACUACAGCGGCAUAGCUGCGCUGCUGUAGCACUUCAGUGAAGAUGCUGCCAACACCAACAGGAGGGGUUCUUCUGUCUGUGUAGGUAAUCCACCUCUCUGAGAGGCAGUUGCUAGGUCCACAGAAGAGUUCUAUCAACCUAGCGUUGUCUAUACUGAGGGUUAGGUCAGCUUAACUAAAUCACUCGGAGGUGUGGAUUUUUUCACAUCCCUGAGCGACGUAGCUGGAUUGACCUAACUUUUUAAUGUAGACCAGGCCUUAGAGCUGGUCUGUGCUUAAAACUUGUACUGGUGUAGCUAUGUUGGUUAGAGGUGUGGAGAAACCCACACCCCUGACAGACAUAGCUAUGUCAACAAAACUCCCAGUGUAGAUGCUGCCAUGUUGCCAUAAGAGUGCUUCUCUUGGCAUAGAGGUGGUGGUGGUGUUCCUAUACUGUCAGAAAAACUUUGUUGAUGUACACUGCAUCUCCACUAGCGGGCUAUGCUGGUAAAGGCUCUGUAGUGUAGACACAUAGCUUAAGUUUAGCCAGUUGUCUCCACAUUACUGCUGCCUGCUUUCAUUUUCCUUCCCCUGUCCCUGUAUCCUUCUGCUCUCUAUGUUCCUCUCUGAUUUCCUCAGAUCCCAUAAACACUAUAAAGCUUCAAGAAGGAAUGGCCUAAAUUGACUGUUGAAGACCAUUAAAAACAAAAACAAAAAACACUUGAAAAUAUAUGCUUCCUAAAUGUUGAUUGAGCAUUGGAAGCCAUUUUUGGUGAAUGGAAACUCUGGUUUUGGAUGCAACUGUCAGAAAUUGGUUUGAAUUUUAAGAUUACCUAAUACAACUAUGGACUAUACUUUCUUUAACGGGGUUUCUAAUGCUGGUAGUCAGCCUAAAGGCUAUACGUAAUACAUUGUAAUAAGUAAUAAAAUAUUACUAAUACACAAUACAUUGCCUAAAUAAUGAGUCUUUAAAUUAUACACUAACAAUUCUGUGCACCUGCAUAAGAAACUGAUUCACCAUAUUUAUUUAGUUCAGCAGCUGCAUGUUACAUACUAGCAUAAAUUAUAAAUAACUGUAUUCUGGUGACAAAUUUCUAGCCUAGAAAGUAAAAGUCUGUAUUAAAAAGACAGUUCUUACUAUUUUAAAAAAAAAAUCCACAGGAUGUAUUUUUCUUUGUAAGUUACGUCUAAUAUUAAUCAAUCUUAUGUGCUGUCUUGACAUUUUAUUUUUUUUAUGUCUUCGGCAUUGAUUUUCUACAGUUUGAACCAUUAAGCAUUAAAUGCAGCCUUUCACUGACAGAGGAAUUCAAAAGCAAAACACUUAACUUUUACCUCUGUUUUGUUUUUAAACUAUAAAAUGUUCCUAUACAUUUUCAGUUGUCCUGUUCCUCAGGACAACCUGAGAAAAACAAAUUGGAUUGAUAAUAUGUAGCGCUUAUACCCACUCUCUGUAUGCUUUACAAAUUCUAACAAUGGCUUGAACACCUGAGCUUCAUUUAAAUUAGAUUUUCAGGUGUCUUCUGAAAGAUGUGAUUUUAAACAGGUGAAGCUGUACUUAGAAUAUGGUCUUCAUGUAAUGUGUAUAUACAGGUAUAGUUUUGUGGCAGACAGGUGGAAAGCCACACAACUCAAAUAUGUGGCACACAAAGGUACGGUGCAUUCCAUUUAAAAUGUGUGACUGUAACAUGCAAAUCAUAGUGUCUGUAAUUACUAUUUCAUAUGCAGUGACUCACUUGAUUUAUGAUGUCCCUUCUGUUGAUAGGUCAAGUGUAACACUCCAGCACUUCCCCAUACACAUGGAGCCAAAAGCUUCAUUACUUCAUGUCUGUUGGGGGUGAGCUUCCAUCUGAUAUGAAAGAAGACUAAAGCUGAUUUUGUUAUGUCUAAUGGUAACUAUUGCACUAAAAACUUCAUUGUCUGAAACUGAAGUAAAACUGCACCAGGGUCUGUGCUUUCAGAAUUGAUUGGAUUUGCAUACCUAACUUCAGCACACAGUUAUAAUUACUUGCACAAAUUAAGCACCUAAAUGCUUGUGCAAUUCAGAACAUGCAAUUCUGAAAACUAGGGCCCAGAGUAUGUUUUAUUGAUGCAUACCCCAGGGAAUUAUUUUUCUAUAAUUAUGUAUAGUUUAAUCAUCUUUAGAGUCUUUGUCAACUGGCUGUAACUUUGAGACCAUGUAUUGGUGACAAUAGAAUUCAGACAUGUCAUCUAAUGACCUCUACUAGUGUAGUGGUUUAUGUCCAAGUGGCUUACUAUUAAUUCCAUUAAUGGCCAGCAGUUGAUAUUACCUUUCUAGAAAAUGCUUUUUGUUUUGGUUUAAUUUUUUUUUUAAUUGAUAAGGUAGCACUUAGAAGCUUCAAAUUACUUGGGUCCCAUCAGCUAAGCCUCCCAUCUCUACUGGGUCUUUAACUCACUUUUUUGAACUGUUCUAAGUAGUGGUUUAAAGAGUUCCAGCUAAAAUGGUUUGUUUGACAUUUGGCCUCAUCCACACAGGCUGGGCAAGCUAAGUUUAAACCAUUUUUAAAUUGAACUUUGUUUUUAAUAUGACUUUUUUGCUAAUUUGGAACAGAUCAGUAAUCUGCUUGACUUGUGUGUUGAAUUUUGAAAAGAGUUUCAUACAGUGCUAUGAAAAUAUAAACUACUAUGUAUUUUUGAUACUCUGUUCGGCAGAGAUGUUAACAUCUUUCAACACUUUUGGUGGAAGCUCCAAAUAUGGAAUUAUAGAAUUUCUAGGUUCUGGCUAGAACCCAAAGUCUUGUAAUACACUGACUGAUUCCAGAUUUCUGCUAGUAUUUAAGUGCACUUCCAUGUAAUUCCGAUAAGAUGUUUCAGAAAGCAUCUAAGCAAUUAAAUUGUCUUGUUCUGGCUUUUGAAGACAAGGUAUAAAUAAAUUUCAU